ACUCCGGGGACGACGCGCUUGUGGUCCGCCGCCAGCACUGCUUACGGCUACCGCCAGAACAAGAGCAGCCGCUGCAGCAAAACCCAUGGACGGGAAGUUGCUCCUCCUCCUCCUUUAGCUGCGCCUGGGGAUCCCGCACCGCCCCCGCCCCCCCCCCCCCCGCUUUGCUUUUGUCUGCGGUGCUAUGAAGAGAUCUACAAUGAUAAAUGGACUCCUGCUUAUUCCUCUACUAGUGAUGGUGUUUUUUCCUUCACCCAGCAUGGAAGAUGAUGAGCUAAAACUAAUGACUGACUAUGAAUGUGUGUGUGAAGGCAUGUCAUGUGGGAAUGGCAUCCGCUGCAGAGGCCAUCAGUGCUUUGCCUCCUUGAGCAUCAAUAAUGGUGCUAAAGUAUACCAAAAAGGUUGCUUCCAAGUCUACGAACAAGGGAAAAUGACUUGCAAAACACCUCCCUCUUCUGAUCAAGCAGUGGAAUGCUGUCAAGGAGACCUGUGUAACAUCAACAUCACAGCCCAGCUGCCAACGAAAGGGCACCCACUUCAAGGAGAAGCAGUGGGUUACACCACGGACACCCUUAUCAUUCUUAUAAUGGUGGCGAUUAUGGUGCUGAUAAUAUUUUCUGCGAUAGGAGUGCUGAUCAUCCGAAAAGUGCAGCAGCACUAUAUGGAAAGGCUCAAUUCAAGGGAUGCAGAAUACGGAACAAUCGAGGGACUCAUAGCCUCAAAUGUUGGUGACAGCACACUGGCAGACCUAUUGGACCAUUCCUGUACAUCUGGGAGUGGCUCUGGUCUUCCUUUCCUGGUACAAAGAACUGUGGCUCGCCAGAUCACACUGCUGGAGUGUGUCGGGAAAGGCCGAUACGGAGAGGUCUGGAGAGGACAAUGGCAAGGUGAAAACGUUGCAGUCAAGAUCUUUUCUUCCCGAGAUGAAAAGUCCUGGUUCAGGGAAACAGAAUUAUAUAAUACUGUGUUGCUGAGGCAUGAAAACAUUUUAGGUUUCAUUGCCUCAGAUAUGACAUCUCGCAAUUCCAGCACUCAGUUGUGGCUCAUCACACACUACCAUGAGAUGGGCUCUUUAUAUGACUACUUACAACUCACCACUCUGGACACAGUGAGCUGCCUUCGAAUAGUCUUGUCCAUAGCUAGUGGCCUUGCACAUUUGCACAUAGAGAUAUUUGGAACCCAAGGAAAACCUGCCAUUGCUCAUCGGGACUUGAAGAGUAAAAAUAUCCUGGUUAAGAAAAAUGGACAGUGUUGUAUAGCUGAUCUAGGCCUUGCUGUCAUGCACUCCCAAAGCACCAAUCAACUGGAUGUGGGGAACAACCCCCGAGUGGGUACCAAGCGCUACAUGGCCCCAGAAGUCUUAGAUGAAACCAUCCAAGUGGACUGCUUUGACUCUUACAAAAGGGUUGAUAUUUGGGCGUUUGGACUGGUCCUUUGGGAAGUAGCCAGGCGCAUGGUUAGCAACGGUAUUGUUGAAGAUUACAAACCUCCAUUUUACGAUGUAGUUCCUAAUGACCCUAGUUUUGAAGACAUGAGAAAAGUAGUCUGCGUGGAUCAGCAAAGGCCGAACAUUCCCAACAGAUGGUUUUCAGACCCCACGUUAACUUCCCUUGCCAAGUUGAUGAAAGAAUGCUGGUAUCACAAUCCAUCGGCACGAUUAACUGCUCUGCGUAUCAAAAAGACCUUGACCAAAAUUGAUAAUUCCUUAGAUAAGCUGAAAGCUGACUGUUGAUAACAGCGCACGAUGCUGACAAGACAUAAAGGCUUUUGUCCAGCAUAGACGUACAGCUUGAUGAAUUCUAGAAUUCAGUCCCAAGUGGCUUCAGACAUAGGCAAGUCGUUUACCUAACCAGCCAUUUGAGAGGACCAUGUGAGCCUUCAUUGGGGACUAUCCAUGGCAGUUUACAAAUGGACAAUCUAUCAAGACAUGAUGCUGAAUCUGUGGUGGCCUAUGGAAGGAAGACAGAGAAGUCCUAAGACAAAAUUGGGGCAUUAAAACCAUGGCUUUUAAUUGCUUUUUUAAAAAAUUCCGUAAAAAGAAACAAAAAGCAAAGUGUCUCCUUGUGGCUCCCAAGUUAAACAUACAGAAGUGGUCAAUUCUAAUCAGCCACAUUGCCUGCGCUUCUCUUCUUUAUUGCACUAGGGGGUUCUUUGCAUUCCUUACUUGCACUGUUACUGUUUAAUUUUAAAGACGUGACUUGCCAAAAAUAUGAUUGGCUUUGUACUCCUCGAUCUGUGUUUUUUGAAUAGUGGGAAAUCAAUUUGGAAAAUCAAACCUGUAACUGACUCUCUCUCUCCCUCUCUCUUUAUUAUUGUUAUUAUUAUUAAGCUGCAUUUUACAUAUGUGUACUGUUUACAAUAAUGCUGGACACUAGGAAUUAUUGUUUAUAAGGAAACUUGCAGAUUUUAUUUAUUACUAGUGCACUUAACAGUUUUUUAAAAACUGAGGAAAGUGCAUACAGUUAAAGCUUAUUUUUAUGUGGCUUCUAUCAUUAUUUCUUACAGACUUUUUUGUUUUUGGUAACACGGUAUAACCUGAUACAGUCCCACCUCUCUCUCCCCUCCCCCCGUAUUAUCAGUUAAGACAUUUUAAUCACCUUUUUAAGUGCUUCACAUUUUUAUAUGCGUGUGGUCUGUAACCUAUAUUUUCAGUUCAAAAUAUGCAGAACAUUUAUAUAUAAAUAUAUAUAUUAUAUAUAACUAAAUAUAAAGCCAUUACCCAAAUGAUGCCACAUCUAGUACCUUAUUGAUCUAGAGGAGGGGAGCAGCAGAGGAAAAUGGUAGAAUUGUAGGUCAUGGAUCUCAUGGAAAGUGCAUUUUUUUCUUCUUCUAAGCUAUACAUAAUGUGCAUUUAAACUCUGCCAGGGGGGAAAAGUUAUUUUUUUAAUUUACUUUUUGUAUUUUAGCUGUUAUUUGUAUAAACGAAAUAGACUAUUUUCAAGUCAAAUGGACGACAGUGUUCCCUGGUUCUGUUCUGUUUGUGCCUCCUACGGCUUAUGGUAAAUGCCGUACAGUUUUUGCAUCACCAGCGUGUAUCCACUUACAACUCCCACCCUUUGCUGUGUUUGCAAAUCAGAAGUAAUGCCAACAGACCCACGUGGUGGAUGGGACAUCACUGAGGAACGCCAGAGCGACCCUUUGUACAGGGCACUGCCGACAUUGCGCAUCCAUGCUGGAACUGCAGUGGCAUGAAUGGAUUAUGUAUGGACAAAUGAGAUCAUGCUCUUCUGACCAUGUGUCCCCCCCCCUUUCUUAAAUCUUGAGUUCCCUGAGUAAAGAGUUUUGAUCCCAGUGCCUUGCCUUGUACUACAUAAGCUGUUCUCUCUACGGAGCCCUCAUAGUAAAAGCUAAGGAUGCUGAAUGUAACGGAGGUUGAUCUAUUAACAUUAAACCAGCACAAUGCCAUGGGCCUGUCAAGGAAGAAGCUGAAUGAACUUUUAUUUCAAGCAGAGUCUUUCAAACUAGGCUUCCGUUUUGCCCUGUUCUCUCUGUCUUACGUUCGUAACAACAACAACAACAACUACAAGCCUGUUGGAAAGAGUGUUCGAGACCGUUGGUUUGUACAGUUGUUAUGUUCUGUGAAAUGCUUCUGCUUUCGUCACUGAACGAAGAAAUUGUAGUCCCUCAUCUGGGAUCGGGUAGGUCUGCCAUCAUUUGCUCUACUGAAGUUCAUAUGAUAUAUGAUCUGUUCACUGUUCAAGUGUUACCUUUGCAAUGUGCAACCUUGCCAUGUGGAUCCCAUGUCUCAAGAGGUAACAUUUGCAUGGAUUGAUUACUGGAACGGUCCCUCACCUCAAAAACUCCCUGCAUGUAGCAGGCUAGCGAAACCAUCUCUUCCCGAUACGCUAGUUUCCUGUGCAGGGAGACUUUUAACUUGGGGAGCAUUUGGUCAUGCAAUCCUAUAUCUGUAGCUAGUCCUGGGAGAGUGCUAUGUUUUCUACAAAUUGGUACCUGUUCUGAGAUAUAUAGGAUACCCUUGGGCAACUUUGGUGUGCAGAAGAAAAGGUAAUGUUGGAAGGAGUCCACAGAAAACAUACCCAAUCAUAUUACUUCCAAUACACCUAUCUUCACAUUUUGGUAACUAAAUUGCUUAUUUCAACACACAAUGAAUUUCUCAUAAACUUCCAAAGGGUCCUUGUUCAUUUGCUGCCCAGGUCAAAGUGUGUUUAUAAUAAAUUAUCUUAUACAUGAA